CCAAGCCGCGCGAUAGAGUACCGACAAGUCAAAAAGGCUGGAAAAUAUUUUUGGGAGGUGCUCGUCGAAUGGGAGGACUUGCCGAGUGAGGAUGCGACAUGGCAAAGUUGGGAUGCGAUGCGCGAACUGUUCCCCAAUUUUUUGCUUGAGAACAAGGAAGCACUUGAAGGGGACGGGAAUGAUGCGGACACGGCGAGAAGACUCAAGAAUGCAGCGAGUCGCGCGUGGCAUGCGCGAAGGAGGUUAAGUCGCCGAGCCAGUGAGGUGCGAUAUGCGGACAGACGAGCGCGCACGGGAGACGACACGCGCGACACUAUCGGGGACGGACGCGGGUUUGAACGCGCAGGCGACGAGGUGCACGCGCAUACUUACCUAGGCGCACGAGGAAUAGGCAACGCAGACGCGGGGCAAGGCA